AUGUUCGAGACCACGCUGACCCUGCCGCGAACCAGUGUGCUCACGGAACCGUUGGGCAGCGCCGGAACCGGAACUGGGCCCUCCACAUCGACGGCAGCUGUGGCCGUACAGACGAGCAAACGUCGCCGACGGCGACGGAACAAACGUCGUCGCAAAUCUUCACUGUCUAGCAGUACCGAUGCCCCAUCAUCCCGAACCUAUGAUCCCGUGAUGACGGGCAGUACACUACGAUCGGCAGGAGGGGCAUCGGUAGGUAGUAGUGUGGGGACGGGACCAGUGCGUCGGGGGCGUCGCAGAAGCGGAGUCAGUUCAUCUUCAUCGGCGGCAGCGGCUGCAGCAGCGGCAGCAGAAGAGGAGGCGGAAGAAGCGGAUGCCGUUCGACAGGAGGAGGCUGCGGAGAUAUUGAGCGGUAAUAGCAGCCCAUCGAUGUUCGUCGAUCCGCAGGACUUCUUCGAGACCCUGGACUAAAUCUAGAUUAUUUACAAUUUUUAGUAGGUUAAAUUUUGUUGUUACUUCCCCGUUCUCACAUUUUUUACCCGCGCGCCUCGCCGGCUUCUGUGCGCCUAUUUCAAAAAUAAUAAUUGCCGUUCUUUUAACUGUUCGAUUUUGCUAAAGAUGCGAUGCGGCCUUUGAUUUAGCGUGAUUUUUAAUAACUUUUAACAUAUAUAUUUUAUAAUAGCCUUUUUAAGCAUAACGUGUGUAAUAUUAUGAUGUAUAAUUAAAUUUGCGAACUGUGCUGCGACACGAUCCUUGAAACUGA